GGACACAGUCGCUCCUCCGCUCACAUCCGCUCCACUCGCUAUUUGUGUUGGAAAACGGACUUUGUGAAACUGCAGCGAUGUCAGUCCAGGUUGUGGCAGCGAAAAUGGCAGAGGUCGAGCUCAAAGACGUCCCCGCUGGCAAAGACUUGCCGGCCGGCUCCCCGGUGACACCGACCUCGGAGGGCAAGACCGUCGCCCGAAACGACCCACACGAGGCCGGCUCCUCCGCUGCCGCGUCCCCGACAGCGGAGUCCUCCGCGAAAGCCGCAGAAGGCAGCCUGGGUCUGCUCAACCAGAACCCCGCGAAGAUGCCGCAGGCGUCAGCCAUGAAGCGGACCGACCCGCAGCAGAACGGCGGGGAGGCUUUUGUCAACCGUGACGGUACCGUAGCCGAGGCUCCGCGGAUGAAAAAGAUCCAGUUUGCGGACCAGAAACAGGAGUUCAACAAACGUCCCUCCAAGAUCGGCCGGCGCUCUCUGUCCCGCUCCAUCUCCCAGUCGUCCACAGACAGCUACAGCUCAGCGGCAUCAUACACGGACAGCUCUGACGAUGAGACGUCUCCUCGGGACAAACAGCAGAAGAACUCCAAGGGCAACGGCGACUUCUGCAUCAAAAACAUCAAACAGUCCGACUUCGGCCGCAGAGAGAUCGAGAUUGCAGAGCAAGAGAUGCCGGCCCUGAUGGCUCUGAGGAAACGAGCCCAGGGGGAGAAACCCCUCGCCGGUGCCAAGGUCGUGGGCUGCACCCACAUCACUGCCCAGACUGCUGUGCUGAUGGAGACCCUGUCAGCUUUGGGGGCUCAGUGCAGAUGGGCAGCCUGCAACAUCUACUCCACCCAGAAUGAAGUGGCAGCUGCCCUGGCAGAGGGAGGUUUCAGUGUGUUCGCAUGGAAGGGUGAGUCAGAGGACGACUUCUGGUGGUGCAUCGAUCGCUGUGUCAACGUGGAAGGCUGGCAACCCAACAUGAUCUUGGAUGACGGUGGAGAUCUGACUCACUGGAUCUAUAAAAAAUACCCCAACAUGUUCAAGAAGAUCAAGGGCAUUGUAGAGGAGAGUGUGACCGGUGUGCACAGGUUGUACCAGCUGUCCAAAGCUGGGAAGCUUUGUGUCCCAGCGAUGAACGUCAACGACUCAGUGACCAAGCAGAAGUUUGACAACCUCUACUGCUGCAGGGAGUCCAUCCUGGACGGCCUGAAGAGGACCACUGAUGUCAUGUUUGGAGGCAAACAGGUGGUGGUGUGUGGAUACGGAGAGGUGGGAAAAGGCUGCUGUGCCGCCCUCAAAGCAAUGGGCUCCAUCGUCUACGUCACAGAGAUCGACCCGAUCUGUGCCUUGCAGGCCUGCAUGGACGGCUUCAGGCUGGUGAAACUGAAUGAAGUUAUCAGACAAGUGGACAUCGUCAUCACCUGCACAGGCAAUAAGAACGUGGUGGUGAGAGAGUACCUUGACCGCAUGAAGAACGGCUGCAUUGUCUGCAACAUGGGACACUCCAACACUGAGAUCGAUGUGGCAAGCCUGAGGACUCCUGAACUGACCUGGGAGAGAGUGCGCUCUCAGGUGGACCACGUCAUCUGGCCCGAUGGCAAGAGAAUAGUGCUGCUGGCUGAGGGUCGCCUGCUGAACCUCAGCUGUUCCACUGUGCCCACCUUUGUCCUCUCCAUCACCGCCACCACCCAGGCGCUGGCUCUGAUAGAGCUGUACAAUGCCCCAGAGGGACGCUACAAACAGGAUGUUUACCUGCUCCCCAAGAAGAUGGAUGAGUAUGUGGCCAGCCUACAUCUCCCUACGUUUGACGCACAUCUUACAGAGCUGAGUGACGAGCAGGCCAAAUAUCUGGGCUUGAACAAGAACGGGCCCUUUAAGCCAAACUACUAUAGGUAUUAAACCCAGUGUCGGGGGUCGGACUGAAGAAAUGCAAAUACUCCAUGAAAGGCACAGACUCAUUGAAGGAGAGGAGGAUGAGGAGAACACAAGGAAGGACGGAUGGACAGAACAGUCAACACACCUGCUUUAUAUUCCGGG